AUGUUUAUGCUCCGGAAUGUCAGCAAAUAUCUCUUCGGCGACACAUCAAAGGAGGCCGUAAUCGAGAUCUCACAAGGCCAACUCUACGUUGUCAGACCACUAUCACCGAAAGGCUAUUCGGAGCUCAUCUUCAAAGACGCUGCUGCCAGCAUUCGACGCACAGGUCAAGAUUUUCAGUAUCAACUUGUGGUUCAGAGAGCCUACGAGGAGGGAGAAGAAGAGUUGGCAGACGAGGACGACGAGGACAGCGCAGCUGACAGACUAAGCGGUGACAAGGACGAGAAGAUAUUUCUCCUGGACCAGAGUCUUCAUUUCCGGUCUGAGGUGCGUGAGGAAGGCGAGAAGGUACUUGCUUGGAGAGACCUUAGUGGAGACAUUGGUGACCUCUACGAAUUUGUGUGCGAUUCUUCGGUGCCAGCAGAUAAGGUUGCAACAUUCGAACUGGCAGCCAUUGAAUGUCAAUACGAGCGCAAGUACCGCAAAAGCGCACAGUCUGCAAGAGAAGAGGAGUUCAGGGAAUUCUCAUUUGCUGAGGAAGACGCAAUACCGAACGCUAGCCCUACUACCAAAGACACUAAUUUCGGUCCCACGUCUGCCGACUCUGCUGCACACAUGGCCAAGGAGGUCAAAUCGUCGAAAAAGAAGGUUGCAAACGUUUCAGCGCCUCGAGGAGCAGCGGCGACCGUGGCUCCUGCCUCUAGACCUGCUCAGUUAGGGGAAAUCUUGGCAGAAGAGAAUGCGGAGCUGCACCUAUUCGAUUUCGAAAGCGGCACAUUCAUUCUUCAAGACAGCUCUGUCACAGCUGCUGUUGUGGAAACCGGCCGAUGGCAAUACUGGCUGCAAAUAAGAGGGAGCAAGAGAGACUGGUUGGGACAAGAGGUGAUUGCAGACAUCAACCCAGUCUUCAAUUACGAAUAUCUUUCAUUUAUCUUCAAUCAUUAUGGCCUGGAUGGCGCAGCAUACUCCUGGUUGUUGCGCUUUAAGGACCAAGAACGACUCGAAAAAUUCCAGGAAGGCUUAAUGCAGGCACUGUGGGAGCAGCUGAACGAGAUGAAGUGGACCAAGAUCAAGGACCAAGAAAGAGACUAUGUGACGGAAGCAUUCAACGAUCUGACCAUGGAUGAGGCUCACCAUGAGGACGAAGAAGAUGAGCAGGAGGAAGAGGCUGUUGAAGAUGAGGACGAUGGCCAGAGGAGUGAAAACUACGACACUGACGAAUCGGAAGACGAUGUGGACGUGCAUCCUGAUGACGGAAAUGUGAAUUCCCAACUUGCUGUUGGGUAUAAGCACGAUAGGUCGUUCGUCGUCAGAGGCUCCAAGAUUGGCGUCUUCAAACAUACACCCAACAAUAAUCUGGAGUUCUCAACAAAUAUCUCGAAGGUUGAAACCCCAAAAGGCAGAUUGUUCAGCCCCAAGAAAGUCAUGCUACACGCAGAGGACUCAAACAUGGUCUUACAGGAUGAAGCCAACCCAAACUCACUUUAUCGCAUGGAUUUAGAAUAUGGGAAAGUCGUCGAUGAGUGGAAAAUACACGACGACAUACCAGUCAAUACCUUUGCUCCUGAAACCAAAUUCGCGCAGAUGUCCGCCGCUCAACCAUUCCUCGGACUUUCGCGCAAUGCCCUGUACCGGAUCGACCCACGUGUCACCGGCAACAAGCUUGUGGAAACUGAUCUCAAACAAUACGCCUCCAAAAACGACUUCUCCGCAGCCGCCACAACCGAAAAGGGCUACAUUGCUGUGGCCUCCAACAAAGGUGACAUCCGGCUGUUUGAUAGGCUUGGCAUCAAUGCUAAAACCCAUAUUCCUGCUCUCGGCGAACCUAUUAUAGGCGUAGAUACCAGUGCUGACGGCCGCUGGAUCCUCGCUACAUGCCGCACCUACCUUCUGUUAAUCGAUGCGCUUCAAAAGGAUGGCAAGAACGAAGGCAAACUCGGCUUCGAGAAGAGCUUUGCCAAGGAAUCAAAACCUCAACCACGACGUCUUGGCCUCCAACCGAGCCAUGUAGCUCAAUUUCAGCAUGAGACCAAAACUCCCAUCUCCUUCACGCCUGCCAAAUUCAAUACCGGCCUUGAUGCGAGCGAAACGAGCAUCAUCACCGCCACUGGACCCUUCAUCAUAACAUGGAAUCUGAAGAAAGUCCUAGCGGGACGAAAAGAUCCGUAUACCAUCAAGCGUUACGCCGAAGAGGUCAAGGCCGAUAAUUUCAAGUACGGCAGCGAUAAGAACGUGAUAGUGGCGUUGCCGAACGAGGUGAACAUGGUGGCGAAGCAGACUUUCAAGAAGCCAACACGAGAGAGUAUUGCUGGCCCAGGAGCUCUAAGUACGCCGCGGAGGAGUGCUGGAGCAAGGGUUUCUGGGCUAAGGAAGAGCGAGAUCGUGAAUAGUCCGUAUUGA